GAUCUUUGUAUACUCCCCACUAUCGAUACUAGCAAUGUUCGUAUGUGUUGACGUCGACCACCGCAACGCGUAGUACGGCGUGAGGAGUGUCAUUACAACGGACGAGAAACAUAUUGUACUUUCGUAUACGAAGAAUUUCCAGUGUAUUCGAGCCUACAUACCGACACGAAAUAUGUCGAGUACAGAGGAAUGUAAACUGAAAGGCGGUCAUCCUCCAGCAGUGAAAGCAGGAGGAAUGAGGAUUACUCAACAUAAAACACCAAAGGAGGAUCGAGAUGUGAAGCCAAGCAAGGACGUUGAAGAGAGCAGACCUUCUAGCAGCCCGCCAAAGACUAUGAUGAUCAGUGGUGUUCCCGCGAAGGGAAAUGCUGAUUUUCCGCCGGAAGCUGUACAACAUUUUCAUGAAAAACCAACGCCGACGCACGAUGCUCGGCCAGCUCACUGUUCGCGUCCGAUUAUCAUUCAACAGCCCAGGAAGUGAAAUUCUAGCGUGUUUCGCGCUAUUGUUUUUGGGACCACAGAGCGCAUUUCUACGGUCCGAAUAUUUUAAAUAAACGACGGUAUCUUGAGGAUUUCACACGAAUUAAUUCGUUUGAUUCUUCUAUAUACAUUCGUUAAAAAUCUUUAAAAAGAAAAAAAGAAAAAGGAAAAAAAAUUCUAUUCGUUAUAAGCGAAUACUACUACUUGUUUCGCGUUAAUAUCCUUUAAAUCUUAAAAAGAAAAAAAAA